GUUUCCAUUUGUCGUAUCAGGCACACAGGCUGAUAUGGACUAGAUGGGGAAAAAACUCGCUAAUAUACGUACAUUGGUUUACAGAAAUGUCAGAAAGGCACCGGGCGCUGCCCUCGUGGAUGGAAACAAAUAAAAAGGAGGGUGAAGUCAAAGAGACGCCGCAUUUGAGGACCCAGAGAAAAAGGAAGGCUGCAAGGUCUGCUUUCUACUGUAUGAACGAGGCUGAACUGGUUGAAGCAGCCGUUUCAUUUCUCACCAACGCUGGCGGCGAGGAUGCGGUGCUGCCGACUCACCGACAGGAUGGAAAUCAAAUAAAUAGUACGACAAAGAAGAAAGAGAAACCUGCCAUUUCACAAAGUAAAUCAAAGCAGUUGACGGAGAUUUUGGAGGAAGAAUCCUCAGACUGUUGUGGUGAUGAUCCGGAUAUGACGUAUGUUUCUGAAACAGACUUGGACAUUACAGAGCUGGAAACGCUGCCAUAUACCAAGAGCCCACAGCAUACUGGGCCUGAUGGAAAGAGGUCUGGACAAGCUCAAAACAACCGUGGACUCAAGAAUGUUGACGUGGAAGCUGAGGGGGGAAAGCUGCCGACGCCAGCCGACCCGGCAGCAGAGGACGACGCUUUACAGCUUGUACGGGACAUUUUUUUUACAUGAUGAAAAACUUGUAAAAUGCCACCUAGAUAAGUACACACAGACUUUUAACGUUCUUAUAAUUCACAAACGUCUUUUAUAGAGUGACGACGGUUUAAAUCAGAAAUUCAGAUGACAGGCUGACUGAUGACUUCACAUGACUGAUGUCACUACUUUAUAAAGUGCUAAGGUCCACCGGCAGGUGAUGCAAAAAUGGACAGGUAACACUGUUUAACAUUGUCUGCACUGACUUUUCUCCGAGUGCCUUCAACGAUCACUACUAAAACAUUAUUUUGGUAAAAGGACUCACUUUAUCUCCAUCUAAGAGCAUGGCUUUAUGAGCACAGUGCUUCAUCAUCAUCACCUAGGUGUUUGUGUUAUUAACAAGAUGCUGUGGAAGACGACAUGUCACUUCAUAUGGUUUUUGAAAUAUUUACAGAGAAAAAAAUUGACCUCUUUUUGGGUUGAAACGUGCAAUCUUGUGAUAUUGAACCGCAGCUGUGGUCAUGUUACAGACAGACAUAUUUCCAUCAGACAACCUUAAUGAUCACCUAGUUAUUGAGUACAGCUGUACAGCUGUGGCCUCUUCAUAUGGGGUGAAAACACAAAAUCAGGUCAGUACAUUUUUAUAAAUCCCUGAAGGGAAAUGAUAUAGAACGGAAUUCCUUACAGCUUUCAUUUUAAAUCUUUAAUAUUGCAACAUAUGACCAUAUAUUGAGCAGUAAAUCCAGUAAAUCAAGCAGUUUUGUUUCUGCUUUCUGCUCUGACUUUCUGAAGCUAACAGUAUUUCCUUUUUUUAGAAGUGCAAUUCUCUCACUCACAAAUCAACCAGCGGUGCAAAUCUGCAGAAAAGAGCAGCAGUUUUUUCUAUUUAAUGAAAAGUAGUUACAAACAGUAUGAACCAAUUAAUUCCCAGUCAGAUUUGAGUCUUUUAAUUGACUCUCUGGUGAGCAAGGUUGUGAUAAUCAGCUCUAUCUGCACAAAGACGCACACGUAGAACCAAGGAGUCAUGUCUUUCCAAGUCAAAUAUGGCCGAUGCAGGAGCAAAAAGCCGAUAAUGGCGGCCAGAGUGAGGAGGCUCGAUGCAGCCUGGCAGAUCAUACUAAGCCUGAGGACUUGUAUGUCUUUAGCGUAGAUGGAGAGCACCAUGCCCAGGAGGGCAAAGGCCACAAACACCACAGGAACAUAAAAACACAUCAGCAGUGGUGCCGAGAAGUGAAUUCCUAUCUCAGAGUCAUCUCCACUGUAAGAGCGGCCUUGACACCCGCUGCAGGACAUCUGGCCAGGUUGACUUGCGAGACAGAAGAAGAGGGGGCUGAUGAGGACUUCUUCAGAGAGGAUGAAGAUACCCUUGAAGUACAAGAGCGAGGUUACCAUCUGCAGGAACACCAGCAGGAGGAGAGCAAAGGUCCAAAAGGAGUGGCACAUGGGGCUCCUCGCUGAGUGAGCAGUCAUGGAAACUCUCUUGGUUGUGUAAAUCUGUAAAUGAUCAUUUGGAAAUUGAAAGUGACAAAUGUUUGAAAAUGACCUCUUAAAGAGUAUUUGUUGUUUCUGCUUGAUCUUAUAUUAUUAUUGUCAGCAGGACACUCUUCAGAAAAGAUCUUCAAGAGUUUUGUCGCUGGUUAAAAAAAAGGUUAUAAUAAUAAUAAUAAAAGACUUAAAAUGAAAGUGAUAGUGUUUGUGGCCUGAAUCAAAUGCAAAACUAAAUGCGUCACGGUUAAAGGUUAACCUGGAUCAGCUGAUGUGGAUGUUUACUUCACUUA